AUGGACGACCAAAGCUGUCCGAGAUGCAAAACCACAAAAUACAGAAACCCUUCUCUCAAGCUAAUGGUGAACGUGUGUGGACAUACGCUAUGUGAGAAUUGCGUGGAGAUGCUGUUCGUCCGUGGCUCCAGCAACUGCGUGCAGUGCGACACACCCCUGAGGAAGUGCAACUUCCGCGUGCAGCUCUUCGAGGACCCCACCGUGGACAAGGAGGUCGAGAUCCGCAAGAAGGUGCUGAAGAUUUACAACAAGAGGGCUUGUGACUUCCCCAGCCUGAGAGAAUAUAACGACUACUUGGAGCAAGUGGAAGACGUAGUGUUUAACCUUACAAACAAUGUUGAUGUGGAGGACACCAAGAUGAGGAUGGAGCAGUACCAGCGGGAGAACCGAGACAUAAUCCAUAAAAACAAAGCCAAACUUACUCGAGAGCAGGAGGAACUGGAGGAGCUGCUCCUGCUGGAGCAGCAGGGCAACGAGCAGCGAAGAUUGGAUGUGCUGCAGGAGGAGCAGAGGCAGCUGCUGGCCAAAAAGAAGAACAAGCAGGCUCUGCUGGAUGAACUGGAAAAGUCUCAGCUUCCAGCCGCCGUCUUGCUUGCCCAACACAAGGCCCGUGUUUCCCAGCUGGAGACGGAAAUCGAGCUGCAGAAACACAUGGUCAAAACCACCAAUAUUUUUUCAACGGGAAUUCAGAUGCGUCAGACAGUUUCUCUUCAAGCUGUACCCAAGUUAGAAGAAGCCCUUUACCACUACCAGCCCCUCCAAAUUGAAACCUUUGGACCGCCAGUGCCAGAACUGGAGCAUCUGGGAAGACUCGGAUACUUGAACCACGUGCGGGCCUCCUUGCCUCAGGACACAGCUGGAGGGUACAGCUCGGCUUUGGCGUGUCAUCGAGCCAUCCAGGAUGCGUUCAGUGGCCUCUUUCCUUAG